AAUCGGCAGCUCCGCCGCAAGUAUCCACUUUUUCACGGGCAACAAAUUGACAAAGAAUUUGUAAAAUAAUUUCCUGUGGCGAUUGCAGGUUGCGCAAAAGCCACUGGACUACAAAUCAGGAUAGAACUGAGUUUAGACCGGAAUUAGAGCAUUGCAGACAACGCGAAUAUUGUGCAAUUUGCGAAGUGCGACGCACCAAACUUUUUUCUCGUAUGCUGUAGGCUGCGAGGAGGCGGAAAUCGGGAGUUGGGAAUCCGGAAUCGGGAAUCAAAAGAAGGAGUCGGGGGAAAUGGAGCAGAACUCAAACACGAGCGGCGCCGCGGAUUCUUUCGCGGAGUCAUCUGCUCCGGAUGGGGAGUACGGCAUGGAGAACUGCUCCGUAUCCGGAAUGUCGGGCAGCGACACCGUAAGCGCCAAUCACGAGUUCCAGACCAUGAAACCGGGUCCCGGGGUGGUGCACAAGCUGCCUCCGGUGGCCAGUACCACUGGCACGGCGACAAAUGGACGCACACGAGCCGAGCUGCCGCACAGCGAGCUGGUGAAGAUGUUGUAUUACCUGGAGGGUGAACUGCAGGCACGGGAUGUCUGCAUUGCCGCGCUGAGGAACGAGCGGGUGAAGCAGCUUAUUGCACAGCUGCGCACCAAGCGACUGCAGCCCAACGAUCCAUAUGCGGCCAUAUUCCGGGAUAAGAUCGCCCUCAAUGGGAACCUCAUCUCAAGGGAGUCAUCCACACAGGCGGCGCAGGCCGAGAUGGAGGUACGCCAGAUCAUUGAGCAGCAGAUGGAGCAGCAGUAUCAAAUGGUCAGCAAGCAGAGGGCCACGCAUGUGCGCAUGGUGAACAUACUGACCGAAUCGCUGGAGAACAACCAGCGGAUGCUGCAGGAGCUGGAGGAGGAGAAGCGCAAGCACGAGCACACCACGGCGCAGGGCGACGACAUCACCUAUGGCCUGGAGAUGGAGCGCACCAAGCUGAAGCAGGACCUCGAGGAGGAGCGCGCCCAGGUGGCCAAAAUGGAGAAGGACCUGAAGAAGCUGCAGGAGACGCUCGAGUACGAGCGCAAUCGGCAGAAGCAGAUUGUGUUGCUGCUCAUUGCGGAGCGCAAAAAGAUCUUGAUGAAGUACAUUGAAGAAGGCAAACGAUCCGAGGAUCUGGCCCAAAUCCUGGCUGAGGAGAAGCAGCGUUCGGACACCAUUGCCGAGGGCCUCGAAGAGGAAAGCAAAAAGUCACUGCGCAUGGAGGAGGAACUGGAGAAGCAAACACAUGCCAUGGAGCAGGAACGCAAAGUCCUGUUUGCCAAGCUGGCCAAGGAGGAGCAGCGGGUUAAGGAGCUGGAGGCGGAACUCAACGCCCUGCGCGGUGAAAACGAGGCUCUUAAAAAGCAGCAGCCUCUGGGGGGCAGCGGCUCAUCUGUGGCCGCCGCCAAGGCGCGACAGUUCAGCGACGACGCCUGUGCCACGCCCCCUAUGGUGAACAUCGCCAAGAUCGUGCAGCCAACCGCCACGGUGAGCAGCAUGCCGGUUUCGGGACCACAGACCGGCAUCGCCCGCUCCAUAGCUCCGGGCCAGAACAUCCGGAGCGCUGGUAUCGCAACGGCGCCCACGGGCACGGCCACAGCAGUAAUAGCACCACUCUCGGCCGUGCUCAACCACACCACCACCAGCACCAUGAAUAACAACACCACCAGUAGCAGUAGCUCGGGCGCCAGCAUUGGAGCAGCCACUGCAUCGGUGGCAGAGGUGACUGCUACUGUCACUGUGCCCCUGGUGGCUCCACCCUCACCCUCUCCGGCGAAGAUGCAGCCCACGGCCACCAUUCAGCGGGCGCCAGGCGGCAAGUAUGCCGCUUUGGCUGCGGCAGCUGCCCUCGACCAGACGGCCACUCCACCGCAUCCUCAUCCCGUGCCCAUUGCUGUGCCACCGGUCACCGUGCCACCGGCGGGAGCCCGUGGUGCACCGCCACCCAUACCGACAAAGCCGAUCGUACCGCCCAAGCGGGAGCCCUCGCUCUCCCGGCUGGGCUCGAUUACGGGCAGUAGUGCCAUAGCUUCUGCCACGGCGACGGCGACGGUGGCGGCCACCGCCACCACCACGACCACGGCGAAGCAUAAUUAGACACCCCACUCAGACUCAGAAUCACAUUAUUAACCGAUAUUGGGCGUAGAAUAAGCGAAAUACUCAAGCGGCGUAGUCCUCGGUGACCGCGCUAGGCAACAGGAUCUUCCAUCUCGAACUGCCAUUAGAAAUCCAUUCCUCGUUAAAAAGCUGCCUUUUUUAUAUUUUUGUAGAUUUCUUUCGGCUCGCAAGCCAACCAAUAUUUUCAUGCCUGUCACAAAGAUUAAAUGCUUUCCUUCUGUUUAUAUGUGAUCUAAUGUUAAAGUCAGGAAAAUAACUCAUUUACAAAGUGUUUCACUGACCAGUAAACAUAACUUUAGCUCACCUUAUAAACAUUUCUUAUGGUUUGUGUUCUUAAUUCCACUUGCAAAAGAUUUUAAAUCAAAUUUUACAUUUUUAGAAACACUCUAAAUUUUUUGUAAAUGGAAUUCUUAACAUUAACAAAUACUCAUUAUUCGUUAUUUAACUUUUACAUCAUUUGUUCAUAGCAAUUUUUCUAUUUUUUUUUAAAUGAAGUGAAUUUAAUUUAUUGUCCGUUUUAUACCUGCGGGAUAUUUAUUUUAAAAACUAGAGCGGAUCUGAGAGGUCCGUUUUACUAAAACCCCAUAGAAGUUGACUAUUGUCAGUUCGAGAUUGGAAUCUUAAAAAAGUUGAAAGUUUCUGAUUAUUCAAGUAUUUUGUGUUGCCUAGUGUGAUGGGCUAAAUGAUACUUUGGCAUGCAAAGUGAGUAGGAGAAAAGUUUGUUAAGCAUUAGAAUGAGGAAUGUGCAGUGCGACCCACCCCGGCGGCUUCUCAUCUAAGUUUAGUUUAGUGUUUAUUGUUUUUACCAAGCGAAUGAUAUAUGUAUUUUAUAAUGCCGUUGGCGGUCCGAGGGCCAAGCCAGGAGACAAGCGACUUUAAUUGUAAUUCCGUACGUAGUAACCGAACAUUUGUACAAGGCCGUGCGAUUCUCAUAACGAUUAACAACCAGAAUAUAUAGUAAUUAUAUACAUA